AUGCAUGUAUGUAUUGUUGGGUCAAAACGACAUGAAGCACGGUGCAGUUACGUAGGCGGCUGCGCUCUAAGCGGCACGGUGGAGGUAGUAGUUGGAACCGAGGUGGGACCAUCGAACGAACGAUGGGAGGUGGGAAUCGAGGUGGGACCAUCGGACGAACGAUGGGAGGUGGGAAUCGAGGUGGGACCAUCGGACGAACGAUGGGAGGUGGGAAUCGUGGUGGGACCAUCGGACGAACGAUGGGAGGUGGGAAUCGUGGUGGGGCCAUCGGACGAACGAUGGGAGGUGGGAAUCGUGGUGGGACCAUCGAACGAAUCGAACUGCAACGAUGAAUGGUUGUAG